GGAGGAGUGCUGCAGCUUCUUCUUCUUUUAUUUCCUGCUCGUUUGAGACCGCGCGUCCGGAACGAUGGCGGAGGGAGAUAACCGCAGCAGCAACCUGCUGGCCGUGGAGACUGCAGGCCUGGAAGAGCAGCUGCAAGGCUGGGGAGAAGUGAUGCUCAUGGCUGACAAAGUCCUUCGCUGGGAAAGAGCCUGGUUCCCACCUGCCAUCAUGGGUGUGGUUUCCCUGCUGUUCCUGAUUAUCUAUUAUCUCGAUCCAUCUGUGCUAUCUGGUGUUUCCUGUUUUGUCAUGUUUCUGUGCCUGGCUGACUACCUUGUUCCCGUUCUAGCACCAAGGAUCUUUGGCUCUAAUAAAUGGACCACUGAACAACAGCAAAGAUUUCAUGAAAUCUGCAGUAAUCUAGUAAAAACUCGACGCAGAGCUGUGGGCUGGUGGAAACGCCUCUUUUCGCUAAAGGAAGAAAAGCCUAAAAUGUACUUCAUGACCAUGAUCGUUUCUCUUGCUGCGGUUGCUUGGGUGGGACAGCAAGUCCACAACCUGCUUCUCACCUACCUGAUUGUGAUUUUCGUGCUGUUGCUUCCCGGACUGAACCAGCAUGGGGUCAUUUUGAAGUACAUUGCAAUGGCCAAAAGGGAGAUAAACAAGCUUCUCAAGCAGAAAGAAAAGAAAACCGAGUAGUGCGGCUGCCAUGGAGCGUGCCCCGCGCCGGGACAGCUGUCCAGUGCUGUCUGGACACUAAGUGUUACAGCGGCUCUUUGCUUCCCUCACUCUGCCCUUGUUAAUAGAGACUCACACAGGCCAGGCUUCCUGCUCUGUAGUGCCAGGUGUAGCUGGGUGCAGUCCCAUCAAUAUGACU